AUGUCGCAUGUGCCGUUCACAGGCUGCUGGAACGAGAACCUGGCCGAAGGCCAGGGAAAGUUCGAGCAUGCCGACGGGGAUGUUUUCAUUGGCGAGUGGAAGAGGAAUGCUGCGGAGGGCCUGGGGCGGUACACCCACGCCAAGCUGGGGAUCACCAUCACCGGCGAGUGGGCGGAAGACGUGCAGCACGGUUUCGGGGUCGAGAUGUGGGCCGGUGGUGCCCGUUUCGAAGGCCAAUAUCGCUUCGGCCAGAAGCAGGGCCUUGGGAUCUACCGCUGGCCGGACGGCUCACUGUACUCUGGGCAAUGGCGAAACGACACCAUAGGAGGCUAUGGCCACUACCAGGGCCAGGACGGUCGCGAGUUCAAGGGCAUGUGGGAUGGUGCCAUCAUCCAUGGGUGUGGCGUCUACCUGUGGCCGGAUGGUCGUAUGUUUC